AUGGUACGUGACACGUACACUUGCACUUUAAUUACCUCAUGCGGUGUGGUGUUAUCUGAAGGUUUUGAGCGUCGCACAGGGUCAGAACAUCGGCAACAUGCACACGAGGCCAGAGCACUUGUCGAUGAAACAGAACGACAGACACACUUUGACAAGUAUGGUAUCAGGUGGACGGAACUUGCCCGUCUCCCUUACUUUGAUGUGGUACGGCAGACGGUCAUUGACCCUAUGCAUAAUCUUCUACUCGGUAUAGCCAAAUCACAGUGGUUUGACCGGUGGAUUCAGACGUCCACACUUCGUGCGGCUACUUCGACUAGGGCACGUGAACUUGAUAUUAUUCACAAAUUCCUCGCGAACUUUGAGGUACCAGCGUGGGCGGGCAAACUACCUGCGCGCGUGGGCGAACCAGCAGGCGGUUCGUUGACAGCAGACGAGUAUAAGUUUGCCACCACAACUGCAUGGCCCCUUCUCGUGCGUUCACUUGUUGUUUAUCCUUACACGCAGAUACCCAUCAUAUGGGAUAUUUCUUUUGAUGAGGCCCAGUCUGAGCACCGCACUUCGGCUGCAUCAUACCCCGCCCGUCUUCGGAAGUAUGAGAAAGAUGUUGCUGCUUGGAAGCUCACUCGCCAGGGCACGCAAACUUCGGUGACUGGCCAGCAGAAGAAGGGGAAGGGUGAGAGGGAGCCAAGGAAGCCCAUGCCACCAAAGCUACGUAUGCAUACAAGUGCGUUAUCUCUCUAUACAAAUACAAAUAUUCUAACACUGGCGCAGAUCUAUGGGGUUGAUGCCCUCCGGCCAAACUUUCAUUGGGCCACUCACUUAUCCGAUCAAAUACUCGAUUAUGGCCCUGUCUAUAACUUUUGGGCAUUCUUAUCCGAACACCUCAAUAAGGUUCUUAAAAGUUCGAACACCAACAACUGGACCGGAGGGCAGGUGGAGAUUUCUAUGAUGCGCGAGUUUGCGCGAGCCUCUCGCAUUGACUCUAUGGUACGCAGUCUGAAUUUCCAUACUUGUUUCAAGCUUGAUUGUGCUUUCUUUCAGGCUCGCGUGAUUGUACAUGACACCGACAAUAGUUAUACCAAGCUUGUCCUCGAAACAAUCCUCCAUCAGCCUGAUGAGGGUGGUACUCUUCGAGAUGCUCUUGCUUCUGAUGGUACGUCUUAUACUUGA